UUGUACUUGAUGCUACUGUUUGCAAGGCUACUAUAUGGCAGUUGUCCUGAUUUUUCUUACAUCUCUUUUGCCCAUUUCUUCUCUUAGGUAAUGAUUUUAUUUUUUCGUUACUUUUUAUUUUUUAUAUUAAUUAUUUUCACCAUUGCCCUCGAGCAGAUAUUAGAUCAAUAUUUAGUUUCUAUUAAUUCGAUUCUCUUUAAUGGUAUGUUUAUUUGUACAUAUGUAACUACUUUUUUCAUUGUUUUUCAUAUGUUUAUAAUUUUAUUAAUUCGUCGUAAAGCUAAGGAACAUGUUACACCACACAUUCGUUCCUUCACACGCCUCACUCAUAUGGUGUUCCUACAUCACUUCCCUUCAUAAACUAAGCCAGUGGCCCAGUGUUACUAUGUUAACACACACACACAAAUUUGCAUAAGUGAUGAUGUGUUUCUUGUCAGAACUCGGAAUAAUAAAAGGCUGAUAUCUAGGAAGAAUAAAGUCCAUAAUGUACUUGUGUCUCCGAGAGAGAGAGAUAUGAAGAUUGAAGUCCCGCGGUGAAGAUGUCUAGUUGAGCGAACGUAAACAUAAACAUUGGUCACUGUCUGACGGUCAUGGCUCACCUCAACCCUGAAGAUUUCACCAAACUGCAGAAUCAACUUCUAGAAUUAAGAGAAAAGAACUAUGGCCUUGAAGACACUCUUCGUAAAUGUAAAAAAGAAUUAACAGAAACAAAAUCUCGCCUUCAUUCAUUAGAGGAAGAAAAUGGUCGAUACCAGAUUUUGGUGAGAACAUCAAAGAAGGCCAGCGAGGUGGAGCUGCUCAUCAGGGACAAUGGAUACCUGCGCAACAAGCUCAAGGACCAAGAAGAAGACUUCAGGCUCCAGAACAACACUUUGUUACGGGAACUGUCCAAGCUUGUUGGCGAGAAUGAGCAGUAUGAACGACAAAUGAAAGUUCUGUGCAGCAGCCAGAGCUGUGGCCUGGCUGAGGGUGACUAUGGCUCCACAGAUGACUCCAAAGAGGUGAUCCGCCUGAGAGGAGAGCUAAAGGACAUGCACAAGAAGCUGUUUGAAGCAGAAGGACUUUUAGAGAAAGAAAAUAAAGCUCAUUCAGAAAAAGUGUCAGCCCUGAAUUUACAAAUAUCUCAGCUGACAAAUGUCCUGCAGACUCACUCAAUACCACUAGAUGAAGGUGAAAUCAAUUUAGGAAAAGGGGGAGGAGUUAGCUUCAGGAAGCUUACCCUACAGGAUGAUGAUGGCCUUGAAACAGACUUGGAGAGAACUAAUGACACACAUCUUCAGUCACAAGAUAAAUGCAGUCAGCUACAGUGUGAGAUAGAAAAGCUACAGACACAGUUGAGAGGGGAAAAGGAGAUCACUGACAGCCUCACCUCUGAGAAGACAAAGCUAGAGGAGUCUCUAACAAGUGCUAAUGAAAGGUUAAAUAAUGCAGAAGCAGAAGAGAGAAACAAGAUAGACGCAAAGCAUCUUGAAGAAGCUGAGAGGAGAAUGAAGGAUAUGGAAGCACAGCACAGAACACAUGUAGAGGAACUGAAACAGUCGUUAGGAGAUGUAGAGAGUAAAUUGACAGAAUGCCGCUCUAAUCUGGCUGAAAAGUGUGCACAGUAUGAGGCAGCCCUUGACUCAGUGCAGCAGCUGGAACACAAACUUCAGAGUGCUGAGGAAGGAGUGCUGGAAGCGAGGAAUGCAACACUACACAAAGCAAAGGAAUGUCAAGCAUUACAAGACAAAGUUAAUGCAGCAACAAAAGACAUUGCCCAAAUGCUGGAUCAGAAACAAACAGUUGAAAAGGAAAACAAGGAAUUUGAGAUUAAAAUAAGCAAUCAACAUCAAGAAAUAGCAGCUUUGAAUACAUCACUUCAGGAGCAGACAAAACUUGCAGAGAGUCGACAUGGCCUCAUGGAGGAGAUGAAAGCUCAUAUAGAGGAAGAGAAGCAGAAACAACAACAAAAGUUAGACGAACUUCAAAAUGUGCACAAAGAAGAGAUGGACUCUCUUUCCUCUCAAAAUCAGCAUCUAAAGAGUAAACUUCAGGAGAUAGAUGGAAAAAUAAUGGAGCUGAGCGACCUAAACACAAAAUUGAUGCAACUGCAACAGGAGAAGAUAACCUUGAUGGAAUUCAAUGAGAAGUUGAAGGGAGAUGUGGAGGUGGCCCAGAAGAAAGCCCAGGAGGAUCUUGACAGAGUGACUGCAGAGAAAUGCCAAGAUAUAGAGAACCUCAAAUGGGAAUAUAAGAAGGAGAAGAGUGAUCUACAUACACAGCUUGAGAUCAGCACAAUACAGAGACAGGAGGCAGAGGACACUGUGGAAGCACUCAAGCGAAAGGUAGCAGAUGGAGAGGAGGAGCAGAGGAUACAUGAACGUAAAGGUGUCACUCUCUUGAAAGACCUCAAGAAACAACUCAUGGCAGAGAGAAAGAGAGCUGAUCGUUUGCAGGAAAAGCUCAGUCAACUGCUCACUGACCCAGCCCAGCUGACAGCCAUCACAACUGUGUCUGAGGCUGGUGAUGACGUGAGCAGUGUGUCUUCUUGGUCGAUGGUAUCUGGAGAGCCAAGAGAUUCAUCCACACGUGAGAACAGCAUCAUUGCCUCUCCACAGGGCUCCCCUCCUCCUGGUAUAGUGACAGAAGAGACAGUGUCUCUUGUCAACCGAGUGACAGAACUCCAGCAGCACAAGUGGCAGCUGGAGGAGCGCAUCACACACCUUGAGUCUUCUUCAGCAGCGAUGGCUGAUGAUCUACUAAAAAAGUCUGCCAUUAUCCAGCACUUCUGCAUGGACCAUAAAAACAUUGAGCACACAGGAUCUCCCCCCACCUCUCCUGUGCAUCCCACACCUCUUGGGGACAAACUUAAUGUUCGUCGGGUUCUAGAAAUGGUGCGGGGUGGUACAAGUGAAGAAUCCCUCAGGGAGAUCAACCGAAGACUGCAGAGUCUUCUUGAAGAGACUCUGGGGAAAAAUAUGCAGCUUCACAAGGAUGUAGAGAAUCUUUCCCAACAAGUUCAUCAGUUGUCCAAGCUGGCAGCUGUCAAAACAGAAACAGAACUUCCAGUUGCUGUGAAUGUUUAUGAGGAGACUCAAGCAUGUAAUGAAGAAAGAGGAGACACAGAUAUAAGCAAGAGUUAAAACAUUUUUGUUUGAUUAGUGCAUGUGUCACUUUCAUACUAACCAGGUUCUAUUUAUGUUAGUCUUGUUAUAACGUCUUUCUUCAGUUUCUGACAUUCUAAUAUAUUUUGAGUAAUGUUAAUAUAUAUUUACAUAAUAGAUUACAAAUUUUUAUGUAAAUGUGUUCUUGGUGCAGACAGUACAUAUUUAGGUGUAAAGUUACUUCUUUAUUAUCAUUUUGCUGUUCAUGUCUUUCAUAAUUGAGAUGGUUCUGGCUUUAAAUAUGUGUACAGUCAUCACUUACUAUGAGGUAGUGUGGAGGUUUUGUUAGUGUUUGAUUGCAAGAGAUGAAGUAAUUGGUGAGAGUAUGAAGAUUGCACUAAUGAGUUGUAAAAGAGCAAGGAUGGUGCUUAGUGCUUAGAUGUAAGAUGCUUUCAAUAGGAGAUUGUAUAAAUUUAAGGAUGGUGAUGAUGAUUGAUGAUAAGUUUUAAGUGUUCAAGAACUGUCUUGUGCUGGUCAACUGGCCUUUUGCAAUUUUAUUUUCUAGAGAAUUUAGGAUAUUGUAUUCUCAUAUUGCUUGUAUCACUAAAGCAAUGUAGCAUGUGCUCAUACAUUUGAAAAGAAAAUUGUAGUUUUUACUAUAUAUAUAUAUAUAUAUAUAUAUAUAUAUAUAUAUAUAUAUAUAUAUAUAUAUAUAUAUAUAUAUAUAUAUAUAUAUAUAUAUAUAUAUAUAUUAUAUAUGAGGGGAGUUGUGUACAAUGUGUACAGUAUAGCUUGUCCUUAGUGAAGGUAAAUUUGGUGUAAUGAUAUAAUGGUAUAGUUUUCUGUGCAAUAGACAUUAUGUUAUGCAUAACAUAGUAACCAUUAAUUUAUACUAACUUAGUUUUAGAGAUGUGUUUCUGAAAUGGUUAGUAUAAUUUUGACCACCUAUUAAACCCUUUUCUGUAGGUAAUAGUCUGUACCUGUGCCAGGCUUUACUCUAUGAAGCUGUGGUCUAUAUUCUUAAACAUUUUUGCAUCUUAUUUAAACUAUUUUUAACAAAAAGGCCAUGGUGUAAGUUAUUGUACUAUUUUUAAGAAACUUUUCUUGAUUUAGUGAUAGUUUAGCAAGGCUUAUGAAUGAUCAGUGAGAAAGUCACCUAUGAGAACCUAAAUGUCUCAUUAUCUCUGCACUAUUUUUAAAAAGUAAUCUUUUUAAUGGACCAAUGUUUAAGGAUUUGGGCCAUUGCUUCCUUUAAUUUCAGCAUGGAAUGUUUUCUAAUACAAAUGUGUUGGAAAUUAUUUGUAAAGAUCCUGUAAAUAUCUUAUGAAUAAAGGUGAUUUUAUUGCUUGUGAUAAUUAUAGUUGACAUAAGCUAAGCUGAUCUGGAAGGUAUGCCCUUUAUUCUUCUCUUCCUGUAUCAAAGGGAAUCAUCAUUUAACAUAAGGCAAUGGCAGUUUGCGAUGACUUCUGGAUCAGCUUUGGCUGUACUAACUAUACUGUACAGAAUACACACUGUAAGGUACUAUACAGAGUCAAAAUUUGGUGGAUAUGUUAGUUACAGCAAUUCAGAAUAGUGAUGUUCUAUAAAUUCAACCUACAGUAAUAGUAUGUGUGCAUGUUUGUAUGUAUGUAUAUGGUGUAAAUAGUGGCUGGCUUGACAUAAGAGAAUAAAAUGACACUAACUGAAUUUAUAUUUGAAUAUUUAUGAAUGCAUUUUAUCUUACAGUAGAAUCUCUGUGAAUUAAACAAUGUGUGUGUGUGUGUGUGUGUGUGUGUGUGUGUGUGUGUGUGUGUGUGUGUGUGUGUGUGUGUGUGUGUAUACUUGUGCAUUUGUGAAGAUUAAACUUAACAUUUAUGUGACUAGAUAUAUUGACAGGAAUCAUAUUUAUAGAAUGUUUUUUAAGAAAAAUUUUUCUCCAUGGUUAAAUUUUCUUUGAUACAUAAUCUAGAAUAAUGGAAUAGAAUUCAAAAGAAGCACUAUUUUUUUCCCAUAACAAAGGUGUGAUAUUUAUUUUUGUAUGUGACAGAGUCUAUCCAUGAGUUAAGGUGGAAGGGCAAUAUUCAUUGUAGAGUCUGUGUAGAACAUUGUGUUGUGGAAGAAAAUUAUGAUAGGGGAUUAGAUUUGUAAGGUUUUCUGAAUCAUGUUGAGAACACUACUGACAUUACUGUUUGAUUUAAGGCUAGAAUUUUUAACAUAGGUCUGCAUCAGUCACAGAUAAAACAUGUACUGUCACAUCACUAGUUACUUAAAGCUUGAAUGAAAAAAGAUUAAUAGAAAGAGAAUGUAUACUUGUAUGUAUACAAUGUAAUAUAGUCAUGAUUAACAGUUAGUUAAUGCAUGCACUGUACACACUUCUACUGUGUUAAGUAUCUUUCCAUUCUUGAUUCCUUUAAUCUGCUGGCAAUGUGACAAGUUGACAAUUAGAAGACUAAGAACAUCAGCAGAUGAUUUAAGAAUAAGGGAAAUUGCUAAGCACAGUGUAAGGAAGAGUGGUUGGUAACACCUUAAUUCUGUCCAUCCAUGACAGUAUUUGUUCUGGUAUUCAAGCUUGAAAAAAAAAAAAAAAUUGCAUGUAUUUUUCUUUUUUUUUUAUUUCAACUUGUGUGUACUUAACAGUUUGUUAGCAUAUUGUUUCAAACAUGUUUAUACAGCAAAAAUAUGACAGCUACUGUAAUAGAAAAAAUAAAUGUGUGCAGUGUUGAGUGUAAGAAGUGACAACAGAAUAGGAGCUUAACUGUGAAUGAAGAUGAGGUGAAAUUAUCCCAACUUUUAAUGGAAAAAUUUGUAAGUAACAGUAGCUGAAUAUUCUGGGAAUGAACCCUUAUUACUGUACCGGAGAGUACGGUAGCAGUGUUGUAAUGAUAACAAUAUAGUGAUGGUGGUAGCAAUGUGGUUGUGAUAAUAAUCUAAUAACCUACUAGACAUGUAUCUGAUAAAUCAAAUAUUGUUACAAUUUGUGAAUUAUAUACAUACAUAUUACAAGUUUCUAGUAAAUCA